AUUAUAUUCAAAUACAAUUACAACUUUACAAGAAUCAUCAACGACUUUACAAGAAUCAACAAUAACUUUAUCUAAUGAUAAUCAAGAUUAUCAAUAUAUGCUUACUCAAUUAUUACAAAAAAUACAACAAUUUGUAAUGCAAAAUUCUAUAUCGGCUAUAACUUUUUAUACUUCUUUUAAUGAAGUAUUUGUUUCUAAAAUUGAAAAAGAAAUACAAACACAAUUUAAUAAUUCAAAUAUUAUACCAACAGUAAAAAAUCCAUUAAUCAUUCGUGAAAAAGGAUGA